GAUUCAUUGUCUUCAUCCCCUAAUCCUGCAUCACCUGUGCCUUUGAAUAACCCAACAAGUGCCCCAAGAUAUGGAACAGUGAUCCCUAAUCGCAUCUUCGUAGGAGGAAUUGACUUUAAGACAAAUGAAAAUGAUUUAAGAAAAUUUUUUUCUCAAUAUGGGUCUGUAAAAGAAGUGAAGAUUGUAAAUGACAGAGCUGGAGUGUCUAAAGGGUAUGGUUUCGUCACUUUUGAAACACAAGAAGAUGCACAAAAAAUUUUACAAGAGGCUGAAAAACUGAAUUAUAAGGAUAAGAAACUAAACAUUGGUCCAGCAAUAAGAAAACAACAAGUAGGGAUCCCUCGUUCCAGUAUAAUGCCAGCAGCUGGAACAAUGUACCUAACAACUUCAACUGGCUAUCCUUAUACUUACCAUAAUGGUGUUGCUUAUUUUCAUACUCCAGAAGUAACUUCUGUCCCACCACCUUGGCCUUCACGUUCUAUAUCUAGUUCCCCUGUGAUGGUAACUCAGCCUGUUUAUCAGCAGUCUGCAUAUCACUACCAGGCCCCUGCACAGUGUCUACCAGGUCAGUGGCAGUGGAGUGUUCCUCAGUCUCCUGCCUCUUCUGCUCCGUUCCUAUACCUACAGCCGUCUGAGGUGUUUUAUCAACCAGUGGAAAUUGCACAAGAUGGAGGAUGUGUUCCUCCUCCGCUGUCUCUGAUGGAAGCUUCCAUUCCAGAACCCUAUUCUGAUCAUGGAGUUCAAGGAACAUAUCACCAGGUUUAUGCUUCAAGUGCCAUUGCUAUGCCUGCACCUGUGAUGCAGCCUGAACCAAUUAAAACAGUGUGGAGCAUUCAUUAUUAA